UUUAUUAAUAAAUGGACUAAACUCCGACAAGUAUAAAUACUUUUACAACAACCGAUAAAGAAUUAGAAAAUAAUUUAAAGGAUUUACUUGAGAGGAUUUUAGUCUAUGUAGAGAAGUACAUUGAAACAAAGGAAGAAUUGAAUUAAAUUGAAAAUGAAUUAAAGGACUACGAAAGUUUGUCUUAUUUGGUUGGUAUAAUAAAAGUAAUAUUUACUAAACUAAUGCUGAAAAUAGAAAAGAAACUGUUGUAAGUAAAAAAUUAUUAUUCAAAAUCCAAAGGAAAUUGGAUAAAUGCAACGAUUUAGAUAAGUCUUCAUAAUAUAAAGAUGAUGAAGAAUAUGACAAAUUAGAAUAAACCCUAAUAAAAUAUGAGCAAGAAAUUCGCAACCAUAUAAGUGUACUGAUAUUUUUAAAAAGUUUAGGUUGAAUAAUAAUUAAAACUAUUUGCAGAAUCUAUUCAAAACAAAUUGGAUGAGAGUGAACAAAUUAGAUAAGAAUUAUUAGAAACCACAAAAAAUAAUAUAAGUGUAAAUGCAUUUAAUCUAAUUAUGAUAGAGGUUGAAAAGAGAGAAUUAAGAAUUGAAUGAGAAAGAGUAAUUAUUAUAAUAGGAAGUAAAUAACUUAAAAUUAACUAUUUAAAAUUUAGAAAAAGAAAAUAAAAGAAAAUCAAUAGACUCUAAUUAAAGAGAUUAUUUAUAAGCUUUAAUAAAUUAAUAAGCUCAUCCAUCUUCAAACUAAUAAAAAUAAGGGUUUAAUCAAAAAUUUACUUUGGAUUAAAGAUUAUUAAACUCUCAUUCUGAACAUAAGGCAAAUCCUAAGUAAUUUCUAAAAGAAUAACAAGAACUAAUUCUUCCUACAUAAUCAUCAUAAAAACUUAAUUAUUAUAGUAUUAUUAAUAAUGCAAAUACAAAAUAAAAAUCAGAAGUAAUGAAGUCAAUGCAACAAAAAGAUUUUAACAAUAUUUACAGUUAAAUUAUGAGGAGUAAACAUAAUUCUCUAUCAUCUAUUAAUGAUUUGAUUUAAAACGUGUCACAAUAAGAGAAAAAGAGAAUAGAUUAAUUAUAAUCUAUAUCUAAGAAUAGUUCUUAGAACAAUAGUAUGAUUUAAAAGAAUAAAGGUAUAAAUAUCUUAAAUUAAAAGAACUUAAAUAAAUUGAGCAAAUAGAAUUGCAACAGCGAAGCAAAAGUUCAAAAAGAGCAGAUGACAUCAUAAAAUAUUAAACUUUGGAAUCGCUAAUAAAGUUAAAAUGA